AUGAAGAAAAUUAACAAAAAAUCUAAGCAGUUUGGAAUAAUUAUUGAAGGUACACAAAAUAUUCAAGGUAAGGAACAGGAGGUCAUUUGUGUUCGUUAUGUGAAUAAUUAUUUUGAAAUUGAAGAUGUUUUAGGAAUCUACAAUAUAGACAGUACAACUGGUAAAUCUCUUUGUCAACUGAUUCUUGAUGUAAUUCUAUGCCUUCAGUUACUAAUUCAAACUCUUCGAUGCCAGACAUAUGAUGGUGCAGCUAAUAUGGCAGGUAAACAUCGUGGUUGUCAAGCAGUAAUAAAGAAGAUUCAGCCUCUAGCCCAAUACGUGCACUGCGGUGCUCAUGUUUCUCAACUUAUAGCUAAGUCCGUUCAACAAGCUUCAUUUAUUAAAAAUGUUCCCGAUUUCGUGAAUGAAUUGGGGAAACUAUACAGUACAUCAGAGAAAUUUAAGCACGCGUAUUUAUCACAAUAUGAUGAAGAAAAUGAAGUAUCGUUACCACGCUCCUUAAAACCUGUGUGCCAUACUCGAUAG